UGUUGACGUGUUGUUGUUUUUCUCGUUCAGGUCCACGAGAAAACCCCCCUGAAGGUGAAGAACUUCGGGAUCUGGCUGCGCUACGACUCUCGCAGCGGGACACACAACAUGUACCGAGAGUACCGAGACCUGACCACAUCUGGAGCCGUCACGCAGUGCUACCGAGACAUGGGAGCUCGCCAUCGUGCUCGCGCCCACUCCAUCCAGAUCAUGAAGGUCCAGGUCAUCGCCGCCAACAAGUGUCGCAGACCCGCCAUCAAGCAGUUCCACGACUCCAAGAUCAAGUUCCCCCUGCCCCACCGCGUCCUGCGCCGCCAGCACAAGCCCCGCUUCACCACCAAGAGACCCAACACCUUCUACUAAACCAGUUUCACUUUGUGCGGGAAAAUAAAUCGAAUGGAGAAAA